AUGUUGGUCGGUAAACGCGGUCAACGCUACGUUUUGCUUGAUCCGCUCGUUCAACGCAAAGGGAAACAGUGUAAUGUCUGGAGCGCUGCAAAGCAGGAUGACCCAAUGCACCAGUUUGUCCUCAAGAAACCAGACGAUGAAGAUGGCCCCGGGUGGCCCGACUUCACUCGGGAGAUGGAAAUGCAGAAGCUGUUGUAUAAAUCUGGUUACAUCCGUCGGAUGGUUGAUGUCAUCCCGCCUCCUUCUGAUACGGAGCCGCCAAUCAUGGUUCUUGAGGCAUUCGAGAAGUCGCUGUGGACCGCACGAUUGCGGCGCCCUUUUUCUUUGGGGGAGAUUCGAUCUGUUAUGAGAUCUGUCGCGAUUGGGCUGAGUACUAUACAUCACAACAAUAUUGUGUAUACAGCAUUAAUGGACACUAAGUAUAUGCCAGACUUGAAGAUGGAGAAUAUCCUUGUCAAUGGGUUCGAUAAUGAGACUCCAGGCUCCGGUGAACAUUUGGUGACUAAGAUUGCUGAUCUUGGGAUGAGUAUAUUAUUACUAUCUAUCUUGCUAUUAUAA